AUGUCCCGCAAGAGAAAGCAAGAGGAGGAGGAGGAGCUUGUCUCCCUCCCUGAAGACGAUGAUGGUGAGGAGGAGGAAGAGUACGUCUCCACCGCAGACGAAGAAGAGCAAAGCGAAGAGGACGAGGAUGCUGAGGAGGAGGAGGAAGAUGAGGAAGACGAAGAAGCUGACGCACAGGCCGAGCCUCCUGUAAAGAAGCGCAAGACAGCCGAGGCAGACACCAAAGAAACCAAUGGCGACGCCGAGGAGGAAGAGGAAGAGGAGGAAGAAGGCGACGAUGACGCUGAAGCUGAAGGCGACGAGGAGGACGCCGAGGGCGAUGAAGACACUGCUGAUGUGUCCGCUCCAGCCAAGGACGGCGUCAAGACUGCUGAGGCGCCUGCUGCUGCUACUGAGACCCCAGAGCCCAAGGCGGUUACAGCUGGUGGUGACGAGUAA